UCGAAGUGAUCUUCCGGCCUGUAGGGGGCGCUGUUAAACCCGUUCACAGAGGGAAGGGGUUAUCCGGGGUUCAGCCUUCGGGCUCUCCUUUUUUUAAAAACAGGCAUUUUUUGGCUCUCUAGUGCUAAAUAAAUAUUUAAUCUUUAUUGUGGAACUUCCUUAGUUCUGUUGGAAACAAACAGCGAUCCUCGUCGGUGCAAUAGACUCUUCUGACCCGUUGAAGUAGUGUUAUUAAGAAAUUUGAGAAUCUGGCAAUGAAUCCUCAUGACUGGAGCUACUCUGUCCAGAGGCUGCAUCCAUUCUCAGAGGCUCAUCGCCUCAGAGAUGCUGGCAAUUCUGAAAACGUCCUAAGGAGUAAAACUGAGCUGGACCUUCACCAUGAGCGCUUAUUUUUUCCCAAUAUCCAACCUCCCCCCAGCAGCGGGUCGGAUCGGAGGAAACCAAGUCUUCCCAUCCAGAACCGCGAGGAGUUUGAACCAGGGUACUCAGAGGGGCAACCGAUGGUCCUGGAAGGGGAAGACGCAGAGCUGCUGAGACGGAAAAAAGAGCUUCAGGAGAUAGAGGAAAGAAUUAUGUACAAAAAGGCAUUUAUUGCUGUUAAAACAAUUGGACUGCUUGAAAAAAAAUCCUCGGAUAAACAAUUGGAUACAAACCAAGAUGAAACUCUUAAAGAGAGGGUAAAGGCCAUUUUACAGCGACAUCCUUAUAGCUUAAUCCAUAAGAUCCAACAGCCUAGAGAGAGAUUAAAGUCAUCUCUGCUCAGUGAAGGCCAUCCGCUGCACGAACAACAUCCUCUGAAACUCAGAGUAAAGAUGCUCAUGAAGCACAGACGCCAUCAACCUGUUGUUCUCCCAGCAAGCAUAGAAAAGACUCCAGACGUCCCACUUCCUCGUCACCCUCUCCCAGCAGAUGGGAACAAGAAGGUGGAGAGGGGCUUCGAUCGCUUCCUUGAGGUGCUUAACAAAGGGACGGACGCCAACUUGAAAGAAAUACUCUCCUCUGCACCGCUGCCAUCUGCAGCACUGCCGUCUGCACCGUUGCCGUCUGCACCGCUGCCGUCUGCAGCACUGCCGUCUGCACCGCUGCCAUCUGCAGCACUGCCGUCUGCACCGUUGCCGCCUGCACCGCUGCCAUCUGCCAGCCGCAGCGUUACUCCACCGGCUAAAGGAGCGAGCAGAUCUGACGAGGCCUUUGAGCGCUUUCUCAAGCUGCUGAACAAAGGCACAAAUGUCACCUUUAAUGAGAUGGUCUCCAGUGUUCCACCACCUUUUUCCCACCUGGCUCCCACUUCACCUGCAGACAGUGGGAAGUGUGACCGCCCUGCCAGGAACCUCAACAACGCAGUGGAUUCAACCGUCAUGCAUCAGGAGGCUCCUGCUCUCCAGACUCUUCCCAGACAAAGUUCUUCUUCCACGAAUGAGGAGAGCAAAGUGGAGAAAGGUUUUGAACGCUUCCUCAGCGUACUGAACAAAGGAGUGGACAUCAACCUUCUCAGUAAGAUUGUAAUGGAUAAUAAAGAGGAACCUUCCACCACUUCUGCUGAGAAGAACAAGAGUGAGGAGCCUCUCGGGAGGAAGAGCUCCUGUUCAAACAGUGGAGCUCCUCUGUCAAGCUGCAUCAAGACCAGCAGUGCCAAGACAAAGACGGACAAACCCAGUCCACAGCAGUCGCUACUCAAAACCGCAGAGACACAGAAGGAUGAAGGACUCAAAAAACAAGUAGGUUUCUACGGCUCCGUGUCUACUGACCCUCAGUGCGGAUCGAAAGCCGUGACCGGGAGUCCCAUCCUUCCCGUGACUGGAGUACAGACUGGAUCGCUCUGCGGGUCUCGAAAACUAAAGCUCGUUAAAGGCAUCCCUCAUUUCCUAGUGCCCAUUAAUACUUUUAGCACACCUGCCUCAAAAAACACUAAACGUAAAAAACGUAGAAAAAAGAAAAAAAAAGGCGUUAAAAAGACGGUCGUGAAAGCCAAACCUCAGCUGAAAAAGACGGUCGUGAAAGCCAAACCUCAGCUGAAACCACUUUCUGUAUUGAACGCUACAACCUUCACAUUGACCACGGCUCCGCUGUCGAAGGCUCCGCUGCAGAAGGCUCCGUCAACGGUGACUUCCCCGGCAGGGACUUCACAGGCAGGCCAGGACGCUCCGAAGAAGGAGCCGGAUGAGCCGAAACCGGUGCUGCUGACAGAGGAGGACAUAAAGGCAAACCUGAGGAAAAAGCUUCAAGAAUUCAAUGAGAAGGCAAAGCAGGCAAAGCUGGUGCACCGUCCCUCACUGCCAGACAACUCCCUGAGCCUGGAGUUGAGCUAACAACCGGUGGUUUGAAGAAACAGUUCUGAGGCCGGUCCUGGUGGAUCUCAGACCCACACAUUUAUUCAUUUCUGUUGGUCCUUUUCCGUUCACCGUCGCACCAGGCGAUUGAAUAAUUUCACAGCUAAACUCAAGACAAUACCCGUUCCACAUUUUGUUACAUUUAUUUUCUUUGAGUGUGCUUUUAUUUUGAUUUUUUUUAUAUAUAUCUUUCUGUUGUAAAUUCUUUUUAAUUAUUAUAAAAUAAAAUGUCUUGUUUUGAUUUACAAGUUGAGUAAAGAUGCUCUGAAACCCACAUUUGUUAGAGUUUUGGGUGUUUUUUCCACACCUUUCCUGCUUCUCACCUUCAUUGAUUUAGCAUUUUCCGGUUUGUAUGGAUUCAUUGUGUUGGCCUUAACUUGUACAAUAAAACAAUAAAUAUCCAGUUAUUAAUGAGUA